GAGAGAUUUUUCCCUGCCCUUCAUCAUGUUGGCCUUCCGCUCCCUUAACAAACUUCGCAUGGCGCGCUCGUCCGCGGUGGCCUCUUUCAGCUCGUCUGCCACUGAGUACGACGUGGUCGUGGUGGGCGGCGGUCCUGGCGGGUACGUCGCGGCGAUCAAGGCCGCGCAGUUGGGCUUGAAGACGGCGUGCAUUGAAUCCCGUGGGUCGUUGGGAGGCACUUGCUUGAACGUCGGGUGCAUUCCUUCCAAGGCGUUGUUGCACGGCACGCACUUGUACCACUCGGCGCAACACAACUUUAAGAGCGUGGGCAUCAAGGUGGACAACGUGAGCAUCGACUUCGACCAGCUGAUGAAGUCCAAGGACAAGACGGUCAAGAUCCUCACCGGCGGGAUCGAAGGGUUGUUCAAGAAGAACAAGGUCGACUAUAUCAAGGGCUACGGCAAGGUCGUGGCCAAGGGCCAAGUGAGCGUCGCGUUGAACGCCGGAGGCAACCAAACCGUCAACACCAAGAACAUCCUCAUUGCCACGGGCUCCGAAGUCACCCCGCUGCCUCCCGUCCCCGUUGACAACGAAGGCGGCAAGAUCAUCGACUCCACGGGCGCGUUGGCGUUGAAGCGCGUGCCCAAGCACUUGGUCGUGGUCGGCGGUGGCGUCAUCGGUCUCGAAAUGGGCUCAGUAUACGGCCGUCUCGGGUCCAAGAUCACUGUGGUCGAGUACGCCGACAAGAUCUGCCCCACUAUGGAUCACGAAGUGACCAAGGAGUUCCAGAAGUUGCUCACCAAGCAAGGCAUGACGUUCAAGCUGGGCCAAAAGGUCACUGCGUCCAAGGUCGACGGCGACGUGGUCACGCUGACGGUGGAGCCGGCGGCGGGCGGGGAAGCCACGACGAUUGAAGCCGACUGCGUGCUGGUGGCCACGGGUCGCCGUCCGUUCACGGCAGGCUUGGGGCUCGAAGAAAUGGGCAUCCAAACCGACAAGUUUGGCCGCAUCAAGGUCAACCUGAGCAACUUCCAGACAAAUGUCGACGGCAUCUUUGCGAUCGGCGACGUGAUUGAAGGCGCGAUGCUGGCCCACAAGGCCGAAGAGGAGGGCAUCGCGGUGGUCGAAACCAUCGCCGGCAAGCACGGCCACGUCAACUACGACGCGAUCCCUGGCGUCAUCUACACGUUCCCCGAAGUGGCGAGUGUUGGCAAGACGGAGGAAGAGCUCAAGACCGCCAACGUCGCGUACAACGUGGGCAAGUUCCCUAUGAUGGCCAACUCUCGCGCCCGCGCCGUGGGCGAAACCGACGGGUUCGUCAAGGUGCUGGCUGCCAAGGACGACGACAAGAUCCUCGGCAUCCACAUCAUUGCGUCCAACGCAGGUGAAAUGAUCUCGGAAGGCGUGCUCGGGAUCGAAUACGGCGCGUCCGCCGAAGACAUUGGGCGCACUUGCCACGCCCACCCGACGUUGAGUGAAGCGUUCAAAGAAGCAUGCAAUGCUGCGUACGACAAGCCCAUCAACUUUUAAAACACGACAAUAGGACAAGUGUGAUGAUGUUGAUUGUGUGUGUGAUGGUGACAUUCACGACGACAAUCACACCGGUACAGACUAGCUUCUGGUUCAAAUACGUUUCGAAAUAACGUGACGGAUCUGUGAUCUGCCGAUUUUGAGC